AUGGCCACCUCGACAGAGCCUCAGAUGGACGGCGUAAGCGACACGUCCUCUGAGUCGGAUCCUCUCGAUACAACCAACGAUGAAGGCUGGGAAGACAUGGAGCAAGACGAAGAGCCUAUGACUAUCGUGUCUUUGCUCGAUGAGAGCACGUUUCCCGACGCGCAGAGUAUGCUGGCUCACUGCCGAGACACGCAUGGCUUGGAUAUCUGGAAAUUAAGGCAAGACUUCGCUCUUGAUUACCUAGAUCUGGUCCGGCUGGUCAACUACAUCCGAUCGGAGGUCAAGGCUGGCAAUUUGCAGCCCAACGUCUCUUCCAAGACUCUGUUCGAUGACGAAAAGUAUCUCAAGCCUGUCUUGGAGGAUGAUGCGCUGUUGUACAGUCUAGACGAUGUCUUCGAAGAAGGUGUCAACACGGCUUCGCUCUCCGAAGUCGAACAACUCCGAGAAGAACUCGAGACUCUGCAGAGUCAAUUCUCCGCCUAUCGAGAGCAAGUGCAGAACGCCAUGCUGGAUCGCUUCGAGCAGACGGGUCCUCAACAGGAAUCGAGCACCGCGCAUGCCGGAAAUCGAGGAAACAGCCACGCCGAACAGUUCGACAAGGAUUAUUUCCAGUCCUACUCGUACAACGCGAUCCACGAAUCGAUGAUCAAGGAUCGCGUGCGGACCGACGCCUACCGCGACUUCAUCUACGACCACAAGCAUCUCUUCAAGGAUAAAGUUGUCCUAGACGUUGGCUGCGGUACGGGCAUAUUGUCCAUGUUCUGUGCGAAGGCCGGCGCCAGGCUCGUCAUUGCAGUGGACAACUCGGGCAUCAUUGACAAGGCUCGCGAGAAUGUGUUCAGCAACGGCCUGCAGGAAGUUGUGAAAUGCGUCAGGGGCAAGAUUGAAGAGGUCACUCUUCCAGUGCCCAAGGUAGACGUUAUCGUAAGCGAGUGGAUGGGCUAUUGUCUCCUGUAUGAGUCUAUGCUCGACUCGGUGAUCUAUGCGAGAGACAAGUAUCUCGCUGCGGAUGGCUUGAUGGUACCUUCACACGCGACACUGCGAAUCGCUCCACUUGCAGACUCGGACUUGAAGGCCUCGCACAUCGACUUCUGGCGCGACGUGUACGGCUUCGACAUGACCGCCAUGCUCGAGAAGGCGCACGAAGAAGCCCUGGUACGCCUGGCAGACGAGAAGGAACUGGCCGGCGAGAGCGUUGCAUUUCUAGAACUUGACCUGCACCAGACCAAGGUGGACGACUUGACCUUCACCAAACCCUUCAGGACGACGUGGAAGGACGGGUUCAAGCUGCUGGAGGGCUUCGUCAUCUGGUUCGACAUCUUCUUCAACACGUCACGCUCGCAGGGUGUUCCUGCCGGAAUGACGGCCGCCGAGGCCAAGGAGAAAGGCGUGGUCUCCUUCUCGACCGGCCCUCAUUCCGAAGCGACGCAUUGGCAGCAAGGGAUUUUCUUGAUCAAGAACCCCGUCGUCGAGUUCGGCGCUGGAGACACCGUCGCCGGCGAGGUGACCUACCUGAAGAAGCAAGGCCAGGAGAGGUCAUUGGACAUUGACAUAGCGUGGAAAAAGGAGAGCGUUGGCGGCAAGGAAAAGGAGAGGGCGUCGAAGCAGAGGUGGAUAUUGGAUUGA